AUGAAUACCGAACCUCGAACCAUCGUGCUCAUCACCGGGGCCAAUCAAGGGAUUGGCUAUGCAGUGGCCAAAGGUCUUCUUGCUCAUAAGAAUUACUUUAUUUUACUUGGCUCCCGAGAUGCUUCCCGUGGUGCCAAAGCUGCAGCCGAUCUCGAUUCAACUGGUGAAUUUGUUCAGCCCAUUACCAUCGACGUGGCAGACGAUGCAUCGAUCCAGACAGCGGCGAACUUGGUGGCAUCCAAGUACGGCCGACUAGAUGUUCUUAUCAACAAUUCAGGAAUCAACAACGAGAUCGACAUUCUGAUCGAACAACACAAGAAGCAGCAGGAAGGAGCCGUCCCUCAUCCUGAGUUAGUUGAUCUGGACCAGCAACGCAAGCUCUUUCGCGAUGUGUAUGAAGUCAAUCUCUUCGGCGCUGCCAUGGUCACCGAGGCAUUUACACCUCUCUUGAAGAAAUCAACCGCUAUCCCAGCCCGGAUCGUCUUCGUGUCUUCACACACGGGCUCAUUGGGUCUGCGAGUUGAUCCCUCGGGCGCGGAAUAUGCAAAAUGGUCUCGUCCUUCUUUCCCAGUCUACCGUAGUAGCAAAGCAGCUUUGAACAUGUUGACUUUGCAUUAUGCGGCCAAGUUUCACGACAAGGGAUGGAAGGUGAAUGGGUCAUGCCCGAAUUUGACAGAUACCAAUUUUGCGCGAGGAUGGGUGAAAGGGAGACCUGCCUCAGAGUCUGCAGUGAAUAUUGUGAGACUGGCGACUUUGUCGAUUGAUGGGGAGUCUGGAGUAUACUCGGAUGAGAAGGGCGUUGUACCCUGGUAG